UGCAUCUUUUCCUCAAAGCAAAAUAGUGUUCUGAUCAGAUUCCUAUAUACAAUUCUUUCUUUCUCUAGCUCACACCUUUAUCAUGCUCAUGAAGUACUUAACUCUACUCUAUACUCAUCUCAAAUGGGUGUUUGAUUUUCUUCUAUAUUAUCCCUUCUACACCCUCCAUGGUUCUCAAUUCCCAAUAAUUGGAGAGGAACAAGAACAGGGCAUGUGUCAGUUUUAUGAACCCAACCUAAUUGGUUCAGAGGAAGAAGAGAUUGAUUGUGCUGUGUGCCUCAGCAAAAUUGAAGGAGGAGAGGAGAUUAGAGUGCUGAGAUGUGACCAUUUCUUUCACAGAGAUUGCUUGGAUACAUGGUUUGGUUUCAAGAACCCCACUUGCCCUCUUUGCAGAGGAUCAAUGGGUCCAAGAAGGGCCAUCAAUGAGGUUGGAGCUCAAGUUCUCUUGUUUGAGUUUUGUGCCACCCGCACUCAUGAUGAUCGUGAUACAUGGUGGCUACGCUAAUUAAGUGUCCACUUAGAUUCAUGUAAAAUUCAAUGCUGCAAAAUUUGUAUUUUGGUUCCUGCUAUCACCUAUCUCCAAUAUUCACACAAUUAAUGAAAUUUGGCUCAUAGGGUCAAGAUUAGCCGGCUCAUA